AUGGGAGCUAGGAGGAGGCGCCUCAACAAACAGAUCGUUUUUGGGGAGGAGACAGACGGUCAGCUUGAUCCGUUCCAACCAGAGGCACAGGAGAAGAAGUACAGAGAUACGCACGCAUCUUCUGCAACAACAAAGCCGACAGUGCUGCUGCUAAACUUGGCGCUCAUUGGCUGCAUCCUGUCUCUGGGGUCUUUGCUGGCCCUGAGCAUCAAUGGUGCCCCAGCACUUGUACCCCACGUCGCCUUCCUGCUCUUCCUGGCCAUUGGCCUCUUCUUCCUCAUCAACUGGUUCCUGACUCAGAUCGGCACAGUCGACACCGCGCAGCAGCGAAAGGAGCUCUUUGAUCCUGGCAGCACAGCCGAAGGGAUCAGUCAGGCAGACGGUGACUCCUCACCCUCAGAAGCUUCUCAGAAGGGGAAAGCUGCAGCCGACCGCGGUGUAGCAGCAGCAGCAAAGAAGGAGAUCUGA